AUGACCAUCGACUAUCGCCAUGGGAUCUCAAUCCUGGAAAUCAUCGUUUACUCCCCGACAUUGUUUGUUGCUCUUUGGAUGGCAUUCCAUCAUGGGUUCAAGAAGAGCUCUGGCUGGUACUUUUUUGUUGUGUUCUCUCUGGCUCGCAUUGUCGGCGCAGCAUGCUACUUGGCAACAAUAGCUGCCCCAUCAGAGGUCGGUUUAUACAUCGCCUGGGCAGUUUGUACAUUACUUGGCUUGUCACCCCUGAUCUUGGGUUGUCUUGGUCUUUUAUCUCGAGCCAAUGACUCCAUCAUGAGAAAGACCGGAAAUGCCUUCAGCCCGAUAAUAUUUCGAUUCGUUGUCUUAGUCUCCCUUGUGGCGUUGAUACUGAGUAUUGUGGGAUCGACCCAAAAUUCCGAUAUUACCCACGGUUCUAUAACCACAGAGUCAAAGGUCGCUCUUGUCCUGUUUCUCAUCACAUGGCUAGCUGUAUGUGGCCUAUUUCUUCUGAUCGCAAGCCGGUCUCACAGUAUCGAGGAUGGCGAGCGUCGCUUGCUUCUGGCGGUGGGGAUCUCUCUUCCAUUGAUCCUCGUCCGCCUGGUGUACUCCUUCGUUUAUGCCUUCGGUCACCUGGCGAGUUUCAACAUGCUCUCAGGCAAUGUCACCAUCCAAUUGGUCAUGUCUGUUCUGGAGGAGAUUGUCAUUGUUUUCAUUUGCCUGGGAAUAGGUCUGACACUCCAAGUACGACCCAGUGCAGAGUAUACUCAGCAAACUAGCGUGUCUAGCCACCAGGAUAGCCAGGUUGAGUUGGAGAGCGGUGUCGGUCAAUCGCAAGCCCCCCAGAAGCAACGACACCAGCGCCCAAAACGUGGCGGUGGUCCCAUCGCGAGACUUGUCAUGUUUAUUGUUGAUGAAAUCAAGGAGAGAAGGAGAUAA